ACCACCAGUAUCCUCAUCUUGGAGUCAAAGCUGUUGAUACGGGCAGACCAGAACGUCAUACACUGAGCAGCACAAAGGGUGGCCGUUUGCAAGACUCUCUAAGACUCUCUACAAAUACAGUAAACCAUUGAAUCGUUAAUCAUGUUGGCAGUUUGUCUCCUCACUUUCAUCGCGAUGUCGAUUACCGCAGUCCCGGCCACGACCCCGACCCCGACCACGACCCCACAGCCUCCUAAUGGAAUUCCCCAAUGUGCAAUCUUAGAGUGCCCAGUCUAUACUACAUUAGAAGAAUUUGGUUCAAAUAUGUGGAAGAGACGGCUCGAAGCACCAGGAGUUUGGGCGCGUAAGGUCGCUCCAACCUGCAGCCUAUCUGCUGUAACAGGUCUAGCCUUCUUGGACCUCCAUAACUACUUUGUGGACAACGGGAUUAAUAAAACAACACCAAUCACUGUGAGAGUCUCGGAAAACAUAGCCGCGCCAUCUUCGUGUCCCGAUCAAUCAGAAUCUUUCCCUUGCUGUGACAAAAGCUACGCACUUCUCUUCUACAUCCCUGCAGCUUCGCAAGCAACCGCCCCACCCCCACCACAGGACUCUGGGAUUGAGCUAGAUUACUUGGAACAUCCUCUGGAGUACUACGGCAUCACCUUUGGUGGGCGACCGUUCAAUCACAAUGCGACUGAGAAAUACGAACAGCUUUCUGAAUACCUUGACGAGCAGGGCUUUCUAUACGAUUCAACCACUUACUUUGUUGAAGCUUAUGACAAACCAUGGGACCCUCAGCCAUAUCGAAAUGAAAUCCGUAUUUUUAUCUAG